AUGGCUGGACCAGAUGAGAAAAGGCGGCCUGCCGCACUAAACCUCACUCCUGCUCGACCCAGUACCUCCGAGUCGUCCUCCUCAGACGGUUCUCUCAAGCCUCGAACUCCCCGCUUCGCCGAGGCCACCUCGGUUCACUCGCCAGUCGACUCUCGAUCGCCUUUCGCCGACCCCGAGAAGUCUCACGCUCCCCAGCCUCAGCCCGCCGACGUCGGUUUUGGUUACAUCGGCCACAACAGCAACCGAGAAUCCAUCCCCGUCCCAAUGACUCCCAAGACGCCCCUCAAGAGCGCCAUGAAGGUGCCCGGAACACCAGCCGGUCUCCGAAACCCUCUCAGCCCAACCUUUCGUGAAGCCGACAUCCUCGAGAAGCAGGAACUGGCAACCGAAAAGGAGCAGGCUCGCGAUGUGAAAAUCAAGGCCCGUGUCCGUAUGGCCAAGUUUGCCCUUCGCGGUGUCAACUUCAGCUGCUCUCUCAUCAUUCUCUGCAUGCUCUCGGCAACCUUCUCCAUCUUCAACGCUACCAAGGCCCUGCCUGACCAGAGCCGGAUGCCGUCCUGGGCCAAGAACACCAAUGCCUGGCCUCAGAAGCUCGUCCUUGCCAUGGCCUGUGUCUCCCUCGCUGCUUGUCUCAUCGUUUUCGCUUCCUACUGCCGAGGUGGUCACAGACGGGCCGAGAAGGUUGGAACCUAUUACACCAUGUUCGCUAUCGGUUGGUUCAUCCUGGCUUUGAUCCUCUGGGUUGUCACGGCCAUCCUGUUCCAGAACGCAAAGAACAACUCCAACAACAAGGACAUGUGGGGUUGGUCCUGCGUGCAAAACACUCGUUCUGAAGUCUUUGGCGACAAGGUUGACUAUGCACUCAUCUGUCGUCUCCAGAACUGGGCCAUGAUCUGCAUCAUCAUCGAGGUGGUGAUCGAGGUCCUCUGCAUUCUCCUCUACAGCAUCGUCUUCUACCGUUACUACACCAAGCGACGUCUGUUCAAGUCCAUGGACAUGCGAGACCGCGCCCGAUCCGACCUCUACCUCGCCCAACUCCGCAGCCAGUCGGCUCCCAACACUCCCGGCUUCGCCCCCAAGUCUCCUGCCCUCAGCGCCUACGCCAUGUCUCCUCGCCACCCUCCCGCCGCCUACCAGAGCUUUCCCACCGUCCACGAGGUCCACGAGAACCCCUUCACGCCCGGCACGCAGUUUGCUGAGCCCAAGUCUCAGUUCGCUCCCCAAGAGACAGGCUUCAAGCUCCAGGCUCCUCCCACCAAGGCUCCAUCUGCUACUCCCAAGAUGAACCAGGGCGGCUUCACUCCCGCUCCCAUGCCUGCACCUGCACCUCCGGCCAUUCCCACUGUGCACGUCUCGGAGCACGGCCCUGCAGCUACGAAUGAGCCCACCUACGAGGCUGUCCCCAUCCCCGGUGCCUACGGUGGACAAGUCUAUGGUGACCAGGCUCUCAGGAGCCCACCCCCCACGCAAACCACCUUUGGUCAUGCGCAGUAG